AUGUCACCAAAACAUCCCAUUCUUGACAGCCACAUCCAUCUCUGGCCAGCAUCAGCUGCAGACGCCAAUGGCCACGCAUGGAUGAACGACCCCAACUUCAUCCUCUCAAAACAACACAUCCUCUCCGACUACACAACAGCAUCAUCCUCACAUCCACCCACCGGUGUAAUCUACGUAGAGACAGAUCGCCGCCUCCAAAACCCCUCUACCUCGUCUCUAGAAUCCUGGGCUGCAGAACCCAUCAAAGAACUGCAGUUCUUACGCAGCAUCGUUGAGGGUGAAUAUGGUGCUGAAGCCUCUAAUCUGCUCCAAGGCAUUGUGACGUGGGCACCUGUACACCAAGGACCGCAAGUGUUUUCCCAAUGGCUGGAAGUAGCUGAACAAACCACCGGGCCAAAGACUUGGGAGCGCGUGAGAGGUUUCAGAUUUNUGCUGCAAGCCAUCACCGACAAGACCGAAUUCGAGAGCUUGGUCUUGAGUGACGAUUUCAUCUCCAUCGUAAAGUCAUUCUCUCAACGAGAGAAAAAAUUCACUNUUGAUGUCGGUAUCGAUCAACGUAGCGGAGGAACCUGGCAACUGGAAACCUUGACCAAAGUCUUGGAGAAACUAUACGACAAUGUGCCAGAAAAUAAGAGAACGGUAUUGGUCUUGAACCACAUGUGCAAGCCAGACUACACGUCCACAUCCUCCGACUCCUUUUCGCGAUGGAAAACUUGCAUCCAGACUUUUGCUUCUUACCCUGGAAUCUUCAUGAAACUCUCGGGCGCUUUCUCAGAACUCAGCAAUGAUGCAACUGCAGUCAAUACUGCAGAUCCCAAAGAAUUGGCAAGCAGGAUACAAGCAUGGACGGAUGUUGUCUUUGACGCAUUCGGCCCGCAAAGAGUCAUGUUUGGGAGUGACUGGCCAGUGUGCAACGUCAAAGGUCCCAAGGGAGAGCAAAGCUGGCCCAUCUGGACAAAUGUCGUAGAAGAAGUGCUGAGCCAAAGGAACUGUACAGAACAAGAAAAGGAGCGAGUGUGGAAUGGGACAGCUAGAGAAGCAUAUGCACUGUGA